AUGGACUUCCAGGUUGGGCUUAUGGACAUUGACAUCUGUGGCCCAAGCAUCCCUAAGAUGCUUGGCCUAGAAGGUCAAGAAAUUCACCAAAGCAACCUUGGCUGGUCUCCUGUCUAUGUUGAGUCAAACCUUGGGGUCAUGUCUAUUGGAUUCAUGCUUCCGAACCCAGAUGAAGCUGUCAUAUGGAGAGGCCCCCGCAAAAAUGGGCUUAUCAAACAAUUUCUGAAGGAUCUUGAUUUUCUAGUGAUUGAUGCCCCACCUGGGACUUCUGAUGAGCACAUCUCAAUUGUCCAAUUCCUCCUGGCUACCGGAAUAGAUGGUGCAAUUAUUGUCACGACUCCACAACAAGUCUCUUUAAUUGAUGUGCGAAAAGAAGUGAGUUUCUGCAAGAAAGUUGGAGUAGAGGUUCUCGGGGUUGUUGAGAACAUGAGUGGCUUGUGCCAGCGACUGACAGAUUUUAGGUUUGUGAAGUUGACAGAGAAUGGUGAACAGAAUGAUAUUACAGAAAGAAUUUUAGGGUAUAUGAGAGAGAAAGCUCCUGAAAUGCUAGACUUGAUUGCCUGCAGUGAAGUAUUUGAUAGCAGCGGUGGUGGUGCAACCCAAAUGUGCGAGGAGAUGGGAGUACCUUUUCUUGGGAAGGUACCAUUGGAUCCACAUCUUUGCAAGGCUGCUGAAGAAGGUAGAUCCUGCUUUGCAGAUCAGAAGUGUGGGGUAAGUGCGCCUGUAUUGAAGAGUAUAAUAGAGAAAUUACUGGUGACAAAUCAGUGGCGUGAAGAACUGAUGCAGAUGAGAGAGUAG